CUCCACCGCCCGCCCACCCUUCCCAACCCCCUCGACCCCACUCUCCUCAACACCACCCGACCUCUCCCCAAUCACCAUCAACCGCGCCCCAGUGCUGUGCCUAUGGGCCGCCGUGGUCGCGCAUCGCGAGGGGUACGCGUGGAAGACGGCGCUGACGAUCGGAAAGUGUGUGAUGGUGAGGUGUGCGCAGGCGAAGGGGAGGAGUGUGGGUGUGAUUGCGGAAAAGGAUGAGACGACAGAUAAACGGGUGCAGGAUGAGGGAAGGGCGAUGCGGACUGUGUGGGCGUUUGGGAUGUGGAUUACGUGUGUGGAUCUUGCGGCGGAUACCGGUGGUGAUGGUGGUGGGAAUGAAGUGAAAGCGGAGGCUGAUGAAGACGCGAAGCCUGCCACGCUACGGGCAGUCAUUUCCGGUAAACCGGUUGAUCCGGUUGACACGGAAUGGUAUUGUCGGAAUAAGUUUCGGGCCAGGUGGGAAGACGCUUUGAAGUGUUUUACCACAUUGGCCAACAGGUGUGAUCCGGAACGGAUCGGCGUGGAUGGCUACGGGUUCUAUGAGCGCUUUCGGCCGGGUGUGGCGGCCGGCGCGCAGGGGUGGGGGAAGAGCGGAGAGUUGCAAUUGAGGGCCAUAGUUGGGAUGGAGUUGUGAGCUGCAAGAGUUCGGAUAUUUGGGCACGCAGCCGAGGGGGCAUAUCACUGCCAACGAAUAGGCGGUGAGGCAACUCUUGUUCAUACGAUGUAAAUAACGAAUGAUGGCCCUAGAUGUCGUUGCCACAGUCUGAG